CUCAAGGAAUUAAAGGACAAACAUAUCACUUUGAAAUAACGAUUUUUAUUGUGACACGAAUAUGCUAUCACUCCCAUGUAUACAUCAAUGAAUAUAAAAAGAACUCUGAAAUUUCCCUAGAUAAAUGCAUUUCUUCUAUAAUGAAUUCAAAUAUCAUUCAUAAAGAAAGUCUUCUAACAAUGCCAACGGAAGCAAUUGACAUAAUAAUAGAUUAUUUAAAUGUUAGAGAUCAACAAAAUCUUUCUCAUGCAUGUCAAAAACUUCGCCGCGCUACAAGAAAUUUUCACUUUGGAGUUAAUUUUCCAAUUUGGAAAGAUAUAACUAAUGAUUUAAUCAUAGCUCCUCCUAUUUCAAAUUACCGUGAUGGUGUUGUCGUUGAUGGUAAAUUUUACAUUGUUAUCCUUGCCGAAGAUAUCCCUAUAUGUUGGAUUCUAGAUUUUACCAAAAAUACAAUCGGAUGGAUACAAGUUUCCAUUUUAAUAUCUAUGGAUCCUAGUGAAUAUCAUCCCGUUCGAUCUACGGCUGGUGCUGCUAUAAAAAAUAAUAUUUAUAUGUUCGGUGGAGAAAGUAGAUUAACUGGAUAUCCAACUAACAUAAUGUAUAAAUUGGAUAUACAGUCAAUGAAGUUAUAUCGGAUAAUUGUGAAUGAUAAUUAUCCAACUCCACGGUCGAUGCAUUCAUUAGAUUCUAUAAAUAGCGAACAUAUAAUUCUUUUUGGAGGACGUUGUAUGAUGCAUGGGAAUAAAUUUUAUGAUACCAAAGAGUUCUUCAUUUAUAAUGUCUAUAAAAAUUUGUGGAUCAGGUACGACCAGACUACUCACCUUCCAUACGCAAGAUCGCUUCACAGCAGUAGCGUUAACAACGGAAUGCUUUACAUUUAUGGUGGUCAACAUAUUACUUUACAUUCUUUUAAUUCCUCAAUACAUAAUGACGAAGAUAUUUGGGUUUAUGACAGUUAUAAAAACACGUGGAGAAAAUAUCUUGCGCCGAUGACAUCGUGUUUCUGUCUCCCAGAAGAAUGGAUUGCAACAAAGGGUGUAGGUCCUGGUAAAAGGUAUGGUGCAUCUAUCUUUAUUAUGCGUCGUAAAAUCAUUAUCUUGGGAGGAACAAGAACAACGAAGCCCGACGAGAAUAUGUCUGAAGAAAAUGGAAUAAAUGGAGAAUAUAUGAAUAUACUUUGUCCUAAAAGAAGAACUUGGGAACACGUCCAAGUUAAAGGUAUGCCACAACUUGAAUGUGUCGCAAUCAAAAAUCGAGGGAACAAAAUUUUUAUAAUUGGCAAAAAUUGUGAUGCGAAGAUGGUUAUGGGUUGGAUAAUAGAUUAG